AUGGAUGAAGACUGGGAUUUGUGGACGGUGGUGAGAAGUUACAGAAAUCUCACCGCCGACAAGGCCUCCAUCACCAACGAAAACACCACCAGAGCAGACCGUAUACCUUGUUUGCCUCUUGAAAAAAGUGAACACCUCUUCAGUUUUCCCCAUACGUUCGAGGAAAGAAACCAUGGUUAUGAAGGAUUGCAGGAAAUCUAUGAAAGUUUCUUAGCGUAUAACUCCAAACCAGUCAACACUAAUGCAAAUACCACUUCAUUCACCGUUAUUGAUGUUUCCAGUGAUGAACAAGGGGCAGAACCCCAGCCGCAGCCACCACAGCCAAAGCAACCACGAUCACCGCCAAAAUUACCCCCACCCAUCAACCGGAACACGACCACCACUCCCCCCAUUUACAUUCUGGACGAUUUCGAUGACGAACAAUGGCUACAACCGCAAUCACAAUCACAAUCACCAAAACCACUGUCACGAAUACUAGCACCACCACCACAACCACCAUACUCACCACCAACACAACUACUAAAACAGGUGUACAAAUUACAUUCACCACCAAAACCCAUAAAAUUUCACCCAUACCCUUAUCAGAGGAAGAAGAAUCUACAAGUGACAGUAUAUGAACUAUAUGCUGAAGAACUCUCUCGUUUUGAUCUCUGGGCUUGGCGAAAGUACGGGAAGAAGCAAAUCCGAGGGUCACUAUACCCCAGAAACUACUAUAAAUGUAGCAAUGGAGAGGGAAAGUGUCAAGCAAAGAGGCAUAUUCAACAAAGCCUAUCCAGUCCGGACAAGCUCAUUGUAUCAUACGAUGGGGAACAUAUCCACUCUCCUCCCCACUCUCGUAACCCUCUGAUCGGCAGUAGCAUAAUGAACUCAUCUGCCAGCAAGAAAAGGUCAUCAUCAUCUCCUCUCCCUCCUCCUAUAACCUCUUUGCUACCUACACUGGGAGGCUAUGGUGAUAUGAAAAUAGUUAUAACAGAAGACCCCAAAGAGGAAAUGAUGGAAGGCAAGGAUGCAACACAUCAUGAUACGGGAAAAUCCAUCAAAGAAGAACCUGAAGAGGAAAUGAUGGAAGAAGUUAUAUAUGCGGAUCUUGAGAUUUCUAAGAAAGGUUUUGAAGGAAUCAGCAAAUUGCAUGGAGAUGCCUUUGCCCCGCCAAUGCUUGGCCUUUAA